AGGGUGCAUGUAAAUCGCCCCAAGUAACUUUGCCUUCAGUCCAUUACCUUGCUUCUGCCGCAAUGGCGGCCGCCCUUAAUCUCCCUCAGCCGACCUUUCCCAAAAUCCCCAGCUUACCCUCUCCUCUCUCUCCCAGCCGCUUCUUCAUCCCCGCUUCUUGCCAUCGCAAGUUCCCUACACUCUCUACUGCCGCCGCCGCUGUAUCUUUGGCCGUACCUCUCGGGCCAUUGGCAACCAUUGGGUCCGUUGAUUCAGUGGAAGCGAUGGUGAAUCCUGCCCUAGUCUACGCAAACUUUCUGUACUUUAAAUCAGGCUACAAUGUUCAGAUCUUCGUAGAAGAGAACGAACCGGAGGAGGUCCUACUCCGACGGUUUAGGCGGGAGGUCAGUAAGGCUGGCAUCAUACAGGAGUGCAAGAGGAGGAGGUUCUUCGAGAACAAGCAUGAUGAGCUGAAGAGAAAGAAGCGGGAAGCUUGCCGCCGGAAUCGGAGGAGACGGUUUUCAGGACCUAGGCUCAGCUCAUCUUCAUCCCGGGAAGAAAAUAGUGCAACUAAAAAGGCCAGCGAUGACUUGGACGAUAACUGGGAAUAUCAUGAUAUCGACCUCCCUUAAGUCUGCUUUCUAAUGUAGGCAAGCUUUGGGCUGUUUUCUGCCUCUUGGUUUGGAUCAUGGCUGUUCUCGGAUUGGGCUUUGGCUGCUUGGUUUUGAGCUUAAAAAUUGGGUUCUACUUAAGUCUAGCUCAUUAAUUCUUGAGUUGAUGUUUAGCUCAUUAAUGUGAAAAGGUAUUCUUCUUAUUUAGCUCAUUAAAAUGAGUUAUAAUUUGUGCCUUUUCUCCUCCCUUUGUCUUCUUGAUUUUCCCCUUGUUGGUUGGUUUCCCGUGAUGUGCCCCUUUGUCUCCCGUGCUGGCUUUUCGGUCCCCUUGCUAGCUGGUUUACCGUGACUUGAUACCUUGCCUCCUGUGCGGAUACAUGUGGGGUGGAUAUUUGUGGGAAGAAGAGUAUUUACCGCCGGUGCUUAGUGUCAGCAUUGGUUCUAACUAUUUUGUUUGGUGUUGAGAGUUUUAAGGUGCUGAAUAAUGUUUUUUUAAGGGUAUUGAGUUGUUUGUUAUUUAUUGCA